AUGAGGCUUCCUUGGCCCCGGCCAUUUAUCCAAGAGCCCGUUGAUCCUGUCGACAUAGGCUCAAAGCAAACGAGGGUGCCCUGGUGGGCAAUAUGUCUCUUCUCCUUGUCAGCCGUCGGCUUUGCUCUACAGCUUCUCGUCGCCAUCGAAUCGUCAUGGUCUCGGCCGGUGACCGCAUUGUGGUGUGUUACAGGCACGUACAUCGUCCUCCGGCCACCGAGAACGGGUUCCAUACCCCUCCUCGCAUGCUAUGCUUGUAUCGCAGCUGUUGAUCUGGCUGUCGCCUCGUCUCGCGUUGAUUACCAGAACCUCGAAAACGAUGCAGUAUUCACGGUCUCAGCCACGGUUCUUGCGUUUGUCGCACUGGCUGGCGUGAUCAACAUGCCUUUGCGCGAUCCAACCAGGGACCAGAGCAAAAUCAGCAAGCCCUUCACCUCCCCGACGAGUAAUCUUCGCUCUCCGGAGGAUAAUAUGAGCCUGUUUCAAUGGAUGACAGUCUCCUGGAUGGCACCCUUGAUGCAGAUCGGCAACAAGCGGCAACUCCACGAUGAAGACGUCUGGGCAUUGCCUUACGAAUUUCAACACCGACAACUCCACGAUUCUUUCUGUGACCUCCGUGGCACAGUCGUGAGGCGUCUUUUGGUGGCCAACUGGAUUGACUUGGCGCUUCUUUUCCUCUUGGCUAUCCUGGAACUGGUAACCAACUAUUCCGCACCGGUCAUCCUCCAGAGCCUCUUGAAAGCUAUGGAAGGUGUGAGGGCUGAGAAACAACCCGCUGUCACAUCUGCACUGUUGAUACUAGUCGUUAGGUUUGUCGCCGCGCAGAGCGCUGUGUUUAGUCUAUGGUUUCAAAGACGAUGUUAUGAACGUGCUCGAGGUGAAAUGAUUACAAUGCUAUAUGAGAAGACACUUCACAGGAAAAUCCUUGGUGGGUUACCACAAAUCAGAGAGAAAAGUUCAGAGCAGGGUGUUGAAAGCGAACCCGACCUCUUGCGCAACGAUUCGCCAGAUGCCAUUCCAGAGACUGAGUCGCUGCAGGAUGGUCAUACCAAAAACGAGCCCGGUAUUAUGCAGCGCGCGCAAACUGCACUCUCUAGAUUUCGGUCAUCCCUCAACUUUGGACGGACAUCAAAAGUCGAGAAGAAACCCCCUGCCUCGAUGGGUAAGAUACUCAAUCUUAUGCGGAAUGAUGUUUACGAGGUUGCUCAGCGCUUUUGGGAGUUCCAGAACAUCAUCAACAAACCCCUUGGACUUAUUCUCUCCAUCGUUCUCAUCUGGCGCAUGUUGGGGUGGUCAUGCAUGGUUGGAGUGGCGGUAGUGGUUUUGGCUCAGGUCUUCAACUACGUCCUUGCUCGCAUCCUGAUGAGCUGGGAAAGAGAACGUCGAAAGGCAACCGAUGCCAAGCUACAAGCGAUAUCUCAAUAUGUUGAGGCUAUCAGACAUUUGAGAUGGUAUGGCUGGCAUUUCACAUGGCUCAACGGUGUUAUGUCAGCUAGGCAGAAGGAACUCAACUUAAGGAUCGUCACUUACUUAUGGAAUUCUGCCAUCCGGUUUCUCAAUUCCCUCACCAGUGGCUUGAUCCCCGUGGCUACGUUCUAUGCAUACACUGUUCUCGCUGGCAAACAACUACGAGUCGAUGUCGCAUUUCCUGCUCUACAGCUUUUCAUCCUCCUACAAACGAACAUUCGGGAACUUCCUGCGUUGAUCACCACUUUGUUAAAUGCAUCAGUUGCUGUAGGUCGUAUCGAAGAUUUCAUUGCGGAACCCGAUAAACUCGAGCCCACCGACAGUCGCCGAGAGUCGAACAGCCUCGAGUUGAAGCAUGCUUCUUUUUCCUGGCCUGGUCUAUCAGACGUCACUUUGCACAACAUCACAGUCUCUUUCCCUCAAGGCCUGACUGUCGUCUAUGGGCCUGUUGCCGCUGGGAAGACCGCUCUUCUUCAAGCACUGCUUGGUGAACUUGACUUGCGCGAAGGCCAGCUUUUCCGCCCAGACGCACCCAUAGGAUAUUGCUCGCAGACACCAUGGCUGCAAAGCAUGAGCAUCAGAGAGAACAUUCUUUUCAACUCGCCGUUUGAGGAAGGGAGGUACAAGAAAACACUCGAGGUUUGUGCACUGCUUCCAGACCUCGCGAAUUUCAAGCAUGGAGAUCUCUCAAACAUCGGUGAGAACGGUAUCGGUCUUUCUGGUGGACAGAAGUCUCGUGUGGCACUUGCACGAGCCGUCUACAGCCGUGCCGAAAUUCUUCUCCUGGAUGAUCCAUUGAGCGCUCUUGACCAGCAGACUGCCGAAUGGAUUGUCACCAAGUGUCUGUGUGGCACGCUGAUGGAAGGACGGACCGUGAUUUUGGCCACGCACCGUACUGAUCUCUGCCAACAUUUCGCCGCUCAGUUGAUUGAGAUCUCGAACGGCACCGCGACUUUGCAUAGAAACGACGAGGAUCUGACGGAUUCGGCCUCUGCAACGAUCGUUGAAAGCACUCCUGCAACGCCCGAAGAUGAUACCGGAAGAGACUCCGACGAGUCAGCCGUUGUCCCAGACAAAUUUGUCGAAGACGAGUACAGAGCCCAUGGAGGCGUUCAACUUGCCGUCUACUGGCAAUAUAUCAAAGCGGGCACUCUCAAAUGGUGGGCCAUAGUCGUCUUCACCGCUGCAACAUGUCGUCUUGUCUACAUCAGUGAGAGCUGGUUCCUGAAAGAGUGGGGUGAAGCGUACGAUCGAAUGAAGACUCAUAUCUUUACGCUGCAAAGGUUGGAUUCUGAUGUCCACGUUUUUGAGAGUCCGAUCAGCGGCCUCUUCAACAAAUUCCCGAAUCCCACCUAUAAUGUGAAGCCUUGGCUCCUAGGGUUUCUUGUUAUCGUGAUCUGUGAAACGGUGGCAAAUGUCCUCGCUCAGAUCUCCAUUUUGGUUGUCACAUACCUAGCCGCACGCCGCAUGUUCAAAGACAUCAUGUACCAGAUUAGCAACACCACAUUCCACUUCUACGAUGUUACGCCAGUUGGCAGGCUUAUGAAUCGCCUUACAUCGGACAUGGGAACAGUGGAUGGCAAUAUUGCAGAUCAGUUCAUGAUUGUGAUAUGGUACAGCAUAGCCUGGAUUGCUUCCAUGGUCGUUAUCGCUAGUGUAACGCCCAUUUUCCUCGUGGUCGCACUUGCAAUGACGCUAGCUUUUGUGGUCAUAUUCUUGAGGUUCCUGCCAACCUCGCAAAGCCUUCGCCGCCUUGAGAUGGUCUCCCUGACACCUCUCAUGUCCAACUUUGGGGCAUUGCUCAACGGUCUGAUGACAGUCCGAGCGUUCUGCGCCCAGCCUCAAUUUCAAGAACGAAAUAUCCAAGUCACAGAUGCAUUUCAGAAGAUGGACCAUUUCUAUUGGAGCCUGCAAGCUUGGUUGAUGUAUCGUUUCGACACGUUGUCGGCCGUGUCGACGUUUGUGCUGACCAUGUUGGCUGUAUUUUCCAACUUAUCCGCUGGGCUUACAGCUUUCGUGCUUAUUGCUGCCCAGAAAUUUGUCCAGUCAACGCACACGAUAUGCAAACAAUACGGACAACUUCAACUCAACUUCGUCUCUGUGGAGCGAGUUGUAGAGCUCAUGCACAUCGAGCAAGAGCCGCGAGGGUCUUUGGAACCCCCAGCAGCUUGGCCAACUUACGGGAGCGACAUCAUCUUCGAGAAUGUCACGGUGAGGUAUCAGCCGCACCUUGAACCAGCACUUUCAGAUGUUUCCUUACGACUUCGAGGCGGAACAACGAAUGCGAUCACGGGAAGGACUGGUUCAGGAAAGUCCACGCUCGCCCUGGCCCUGCUUGCAACUAUCACGCCUGACUCUGGCCGCAUCUUGAUCGAUGGCAUCGACAUCUCCCAGGUCAGCAAGCAAGCCUUGAGAACAAGAGUUACAUUUUUGGCGCAGGACCCCGUGCUGUUUCCUGGAUCGCUGCGCCACAACCUAGAUCCUAUGGAGGACCACUCCGACUAUGAGUGUGAAGCUGUGAUCUCCAGGGUCUGUGGGAAGUACGGGUGGACAUUGGAUACACAGAUCGACAAUGGCGGUCGAAAUCUUAGUCAAGGCCAAAGACAGCUUGUUGGACUCGCUCGAGCCAUUCUGAGACGCAGUGCAAUCGUCAUCAUGGAUGAGGCAACAGCUAGCAUCGACGUUGAAACUUCUGCCGAAAUCCAACGUGUGCUGAGGGAAGAGUUGCGAGAAAGCACGAUCAUCACCAUUGCCCACCGCGCGGCAGCGGUGGAAAACGCCGACUCCUGCGUGGUCUUGGCUUCUGGACGUGUUGUGAAACAGGGUAGACCUGAAGAAAUGGGAUUCUAA